AUGUCUAUUCAAAGUGAGUCUUAUUCUGAGCUAUCAUCCAAAUGCGAAUCGCAUUCACCCACUUACAUUUCAGCUCGAACUCAGGUCAUUCGAAUCGAAGUUAUUGACGUCGACGAGCCUCCAGCAUUUCAAAAUGAACCGAAACCGUAUUUGGCCGUUGUACCAUACGAUCGUCCAAUUGGCAUGCACGUUUUUAAGCUUUUAGCUUUUUUUAUUGUUUGUACAACCGUGGUUUUCGGUAGGGGAUAUUGGCAUUGUGAAGAUUAUGAAAAUGCGUAA